UAUCUUUAUUUUCUUUUAUCUGUUAGAUGUUCAUAAGCUUUUGUUGGUAAUAACAGGUUUUCAUAUUGGAACGUAAAAACUAGGGUGACUUAAAACUGUGAGACAUGAUUGUAAUAAAUUUAAUCGUCUUUCAUUUAUUAUGUUAAGAAAAUGUCUUCGACCAGUACAGAAGUCAUAGUCGAAAUAAAUUUCAUUGGUAUUAAAUGUAAUUAUAAUGCUGCAGAGAAACAUUAGUAAAUUGACGUAAAAGCGGACUAUCAUAAAAGCGACGUGACCUUUACAAAAGUUGUAAUGCAGAAGUCAGAAACGCUGCUCGUAAGCGUCUAUAAAUUUCUGAGCAGAAAGGACACAAAAGCCGAGGAUCAUUCCGGAGGUUCAGAAUCCCCAUCAACACUAGACCCAGUGCAGAAUAUUAGUGCAUCAUAUAAGAGACAACAACCAGAGUUUAUCAUACUUCACUAUAGCCCAUUCAAGGCAGUAUGGGACUGGGUAGUUCUAAUUCUUGUACUGUACACCGCAGUCUUCACACCCUACCAGACAGCCUUCCUACUAAACGAGGAAGACGCCACCAUGAAACGAAACCGAGACGCUGUAACCCGGACUGAAAGUCCAGAAUCCUCCACAGCCAGCCCCCUUGUGAUUAUAGACUUGAUAGUUGACCUGAUGUUCAUUGCGGACAUUCUAAUCAAUUUUCGGACGACGUAUCUCCACAACGGAGAAGUGGUAACCAAUCAAAAGAAAAUUGCAAUUAAUUACGUGAAAGGGUGGUUUGUCAUUGACACAAUAGCCGCUGUGCCCUUUGAUCUUCUUCUCUUCGGAUCCGGAACGAGUGACACAAUGACGAUAGCAGGUAUAUUAAAGACAGCAAGAUUACUACGCUUACUUCGUGUGAUAAAGCGCAUUGAACAAUUUGCAGAGUAUGGUGCUGCCGUACUACUUUUGUUAAUGGUUACGUUCUCUCUGGUAGGACACUGGCUAGCUUGUGUGUUUUAUGCCAUUGCGUACUGGGAGCGACCUCACUUGGAGAACGCCAUAGGAUGGUUAGAUACUGUAGCCACAAGUAUCAACGAGCCUUACGUCGCCAACGUUACAGACAGUGGACCCAGCAUAAAGACGUAUUACAUCACAGCAUUAUAUUUUACGUUUACGUCGCUGACGUCAAUAGGAUUCGGAAACGUGUCACCAAAUACUAACGCCGAAAAAAUAUUCUCAAUAUUUGCUAUGUUGCUUGGUUCACUGCUGAGUGCUGCAAUCUUUGGUAACGUCUCUUCUAUAAUGAUGCGAGUGUAUCAGGGCACGGAUGAGUACCACGAGAAAAUGCAGAGUAUUAAAGAGUUCAUUAACUUCCAUCAUCUUCCAAAGAAUCUUGCAAAUCGAUUACAAGAGUCCUUCCAACACACCUGGUCAUACACUAAUGGAAUUGACAUGAACACGGUUUUAAAGAGUUUCCCUGAGUGCCUACAAGCGGAUAUAUGCCUUCAUUUGAACAGAAACCUGCUGAAUAAUUGUCCAGCCUUCCAGAAGGCAUCUACAGGAUGCCUUCGUGCCUUAUCUAUACAGUUUAAAACAACACAUGCGCCCCCUGGCGACACAUUGAUACAUCCGGGUGAUAUACUGACCGCACUCUAUUUUAUUGCACGCGGUUCCUUGGAGAUUGUGACAGAAGAUAAUGUAAUGGCGAUACUAGGUAAAGAUGAUAUAUUUGGCGGUGAUCUCAAUGACUUGGAAUGCUCGGGAAAAUCAUUCUACUUUGUACGUGCCCUUAGUUACUGUGAUAUUAACAAGAUAGAGUUACACGUACUGAAAGAAACUCUGCAUACAUACCCAGAAUUUUCAAAAGAAUUCAUGGAUAAAAUACAAGUGACAUUUAAUCUUAAACGGGGAACUUUGAUUGAAAGAAGGAAGACGUCAAAAAUGGAUGACGAGACGUUAAGGUUUAUACGUCAGAAGAGGCCGCAUAUGCAGUCAAAAGGACGAAAAAUUGAUACAGAGGUAGUUCGACGAAGCGGGCGAUCCUACUGGCGCAGAAGAAUGACUAGCACGGGACCGCAGAUGGGAGAAGAUGAGCCGACAUGUAAGGCAUUCGAAAUUUCUCCGGAGCAAGCGUAUAGUGACAUAGAUACAGCGUUCAAAGACAGAUCAGUGAAAAGUACAAGUGUAAAAAUGCGAAACCACAACAAACAUUCCGGGCCUUCACCCGGGCACAGUCGCACAACGUCAGCCGGUACAACAAGUACGUCAAUGCCACAGUCCGUUUCCGGCGGAAGUAACAGGUUGUCCUUAGAAACAUCAGACAGUGGAGCGCCCUCUAGUAGUCGUCCGCAUUCCUUGGAAGCUGGUGGUACAGCGCAACCCGGAAGAGUAAGACAACCGUCACAGCCAAACUUCGAGGAAAUCGACGGCAAACUCAACCAUUUAGCAAAUCGAAUGCAAAAUUUCGAAAACCAGCUCUGUGAUACUGUAGACAAGAUACUGCUGUUGCUUGGGCAGAAACCGACCAUGCCUAGAGAGAAAGCACCGGAACCAGUUCGCCCUCCCACAACGCAUUGCAUAAGGCGAGGUCCUCGACUUGUCAAAUCUCCAAAUGAUCUCGCGAGACUUCUCGAUAAAAUGUGACUCCACCUAAGAGUGUGCAUGUUUUUCAUUGACUGCUGAAAACAUUUCUUUAGAAAUGUGCAGCGUGCAAGUUUUAAUCUUCACCAUAAAUGAUCUAUAGUCAAAUCUCCAAAUCAUCUCGCGAAAUGUUUUAAGAAAUUGUAACGCUUUGAAUGUGAAACCUUAGUUUAUAUUAGACAGUCAAAAACGUAUUGCCUAUCAUCUCUGAGAAAUUAGCAGAAUAGCAUAAUAACUCCAGCAGAAUAGCAGAAGAGCAGAAUAACUCCAGCGGAAUAGCAUAAUAACCUUUUUCAUUUUACUUGAAAUUAGCCUAAGACUAUUUUUGCGGUAAACAUGUAACCAUAAUUUGUUCGAAAACCAUUUUUGUCAGUUGAAAGAACAACUUUUAGACCGAUUUUAAACAUUAUACGUCUCGCAUAUUACCUCGCACAACUAACAUUAGCCUAAGCUAGAAGAAUAGCAGAAUAACUCUAGCAUGCAGAAUAGCAUAAUAACUCCAGCAGAAUAACAGAUUAACUCCAGAAGAAAAGCAGAAUAACUCCAGCAGAAUAGCAGAAUAGUAGAAUAACUCCAGUAGAAUAGCAGAAUAGCACAAUAACUUUUUCAUUUUACCUCGCAUCUGUAUGACAAUUAAAAUUAGGCUAAGACUAUUUUUGCGGUAAACAUGUAACCAUACUUUGUUAGAAAACCACUUUGUACAUUGUACGUCUCGCAUACCGGUAUUACCUCGCACAAUUAACAUUAGCCUAAUCUAGAAGAAUAGCAGAAUAACUCCAGCAGAAUAGCAGAAUAGCAGAAUAAUUCUAGCAGAAUAAACAAGCGAAACAAUUUUCGGUCUAAGCUGGGUUUCAUAUUGAAAUUUGACAGCUAGAUUUACUAGUACUUAAAAGUACUGAAAGAUUAAAUUCCAAUUAAGACUGACCAUCGAUACUGAGUAGUCGCUUGGAAAGAGUCAUGAAUUGAAAAUCUAAAUUUUAACAGCAUGCCAAAAAUCGGGGUCCGAAAUUUCGACCCAAAACUGCUACUUUUCCUGACCCUCCUGGUUGGAAAAUCCGCCAUAUUGGGAUGGUCAUAUUCCCGUCAGUUUCACUGCCUAUAUCGAAAAGAUAAUUGGUGCUUGGGCAUCUAGGACCAUCCUAGCAUCAAUUGCGUGUCAAAACUUGGGGUCAGAAAUUUCGAUCCCAAACUGCUAUUUUUCCUGAUCCUUCCGGUAGGAAAAUUCAACCGGUUUGGGAGGGUCCUAUUCCCGUAAGUUACACUGCCUAUAUCGAAAAGUUAAUUUGUCCUUUGGCAUCUAGGACCAUCCUAGAAUCUAUUGCAUGCCAAAAAUCGGGGUCCGAAAGUUCGACCCAAAACUGCUAUUUUUCCUUACACCCAUGGAAGAAAAAUUCGCCGAAUUGAGAGGUUCCUAUUCCCGUCGGUUUCACUGCCUAUAUCGAAAAGUUCAUUGGUGCUUGGGCAUCUAGGACUAUCCUAGCAUCAAUUGCAUGCCAAAAACCGAAAUUUCGACACAACUGCUAUUUUUCCUGAGCCUCAUCCCCACCCACACAAAAUUCUGAGAUUUGGAAGGAUCCUAUUUCCGUCAGAUUCACUGCCUAUAUCGAAAAGUUAAUUGGUGCUUCGGCGAGUAGGACCAUCCUAGCAUCAAUUGCCUGCUAAAAAUCGGGAUCCGAAGUUCGACCCAAAACGGCUAUUUUUCCUUGCAUCCGUGGUAGGAAAAUUCGCCGAUUUGGAAGGGUCCUAUUCCCGUCAGUUUCAAUUCCUAUAUCGAAAAGUUAAUUGAUGCUUUGGCAUCUAGGACCUUCCUAGCAUCAAUUGCAUGCCAGAAAUCGGGGUCCGAAAUUUCAACCCGAAACUUUUAUUUUUCCUGACCCCGCCUGGUAGGAAAAUUCGCCAGUUUGGGAUGGUCCUAUUCCCGUCAGUUUAACUGCCCAUAUUGAAAGGUUAAUUGGCGCUUGGGCAUCUAGGCCCAUCCUAUUAUAAAUUCCAUGCCCUAAAUCGGGGUCAGAAAUUUCGGCCCCAACCUGGUAUUAUUCUUGCCCCCGACCCCCCGCUCGCCCCCUGAUAUGGUAGGGUCCCACUGCCGUCAAUUUCUCUGCCUAUAUCGAAAAGCUAAUUGGUAUUUGGGCUUCUAGGACCAUCGUAGCAUUAAUUGCAUGCCAAAAAUCUGGGUCAGAAAUUUCGAUAAAAAAACCUGCUUUUUUUCCAGACAGCCCUUGUAGGAAAAUUCGCCGACUUGGAAGGGUCCUAUUUCCGUCCGUUUCACUGUCUAUAUCGAAAAGUUAAUUGGUGCUUGGAUAUCUAGCACCAUCCGAGCAUAACCUGCCUGCCAAAAAUCGGGGUUCGAAAUUUCGACCUGUAAUUGCUAUUUUUUCUGACCACCUGUUUAGGAAAUUCGCCGAUUUGGGAAGUUCACUUUCCCGUCAGUACAUUGCCUAUAACGAAAUGUCAAUUGGUGCUAUGGCAUCUAGGACCAUCCUAGCAUCAAUUUCAUGCCGAAAAUCGGGGUCCGAAAUUUCGGCUCAAAACUGCUAUUUUCCUCAACCUCCUGGUAGGAAAAUUCGCCGAUUUUUGAGAGGCCUAUUCCCGUCAGUUUCACUGUCUAUAUGGAAAAGUUAAUUCGUGCUUCGGCAUAUAGGACCAUCCUAGCCUCAAUUGCGUACCAUAAAUCGGGGUCCGAAAUUUUGACCCAAAACUGCUAUUUUUCCUGAAACCCCUGGUAGGAAAAUUCGCCGAUUAGGAAGGGUCCUAUUCCCGUCAGUUUCACUGCUAUAUUAAAAAGUUAAUUGGUGCUUGGGUAUCUAGGACCCUCCUAGCAUCAACUGCAUGCCAAAAAUCGGAGUCCCUAAUUUCAACCCAAAUUUACUAUUUUUCCUGAGCCCGCUUGUAAAUUCGCGGAAUUUGGAGGGUCCUAUUCCCGUCAGUUUCACUGCCUAUAUCGAAAAGUUAAUUGGUGCUUGGGCAUCUAAGACCAUCCUAGCAUCAAUUGCCUAUAACGAAAAGUUGAUUGGUAUAUGUGAAUCUGAAAUAAUGAUUUAUUGCCGUACAGUGAAUAACUUUAUAUUAAUUUAAAUAAUUUGAAAUUAAACCGAAAUGAAAUAGGUAAUUAAAUCUAUUGAUUGUGUACUUUAUAUGCCAUGAAUUCUGGUUGAUUGUUUAAUUUUUAACUGAUAGCAGCUGAAAAAAGAUGCUAGCCGGUACAAAGACGAUGGAGGACAAUGCAACAUGACAAGUGUGGGAUGAUUCAACAACAUACCAAGUGGAUGGCGAUGCAACAACAUGACAAGCGGAGGAUGAUGAAACAGUAUGACAGUUUGAGGACGAUACAGCAACAUUACACCUGGAGGACGAUGAAACAACAUGCCAAGUGGAGGACGGUGCAACAGCAAGACAAGUGGAUGACGAUGCAACAACAUAACAAGUGAAGGAUGAUGCAAAAUCUUGACAAGUGGAGAACGAUGCGGCAACAUAUCAAGUGGAGGACGAUGCACAGCAUGAAAUUGGAGGACGAUGCAGCAACAUGACAAGUGGAGGACGAUGAAACAAAAUGACAAGAGGAGGACGAUGAAAAAAAAAACACUACCAAAUGGAGGACGAUGAAACAACAUGACAAGUUGAUGGUGAUGCAACAACAAGACCAGUGGAGGAUGAAGAAACAACAUGCCAAGUAGAGGACGAUGCAACAACAUAACGAGUGGAGGGCGAUAAAACAACAAGACAAGUGGGUGACGAUACAACAACAUGCCAAGUGGAGGAUGAUGAAACAACAUGACAGACAAAUUAUGACAUUUCUCCGAUUGAAAAAUUACAGACAAUAUUUUUUAUCACAAAGGUUAAGGUUUUAUGUAAACAUACUGACGAAGGUAUAAGAAGUGAUAUUGAUAUUUCUCUGUGGUACAAAAUAACCGAACCGAAUAAACAGACAGGAGAAAUUUAAGAUCACAUUUACAUAGACGUUAGUUACUAUAAAUCAAUCAAGAUUUCCAAUCAGCAUUUUCUCAGCGUAAGACCAUUUCUUAACUUAACAUUCUCCCAAUGGAUGUGCUAUAAUUGUACUGCUACAUUUUUUUCGCAUUUUGCUAUUUUAAGUUUCAAAAAUAAUAAAUACAUGUUUGUGAUUAGUGUCAAAUUCUUGUAUCACAUAUAGAGUUAUGGAUUAACGAAGUAGGUGCAACGUCAAUUAGUUUUCUUGGAUUUCUUAAAAGUAAGUUUAAACUGAAUGCUUUAUUAUAUCAUAAUUAUAUAAAUAAAAGUAACUAUUUGUAUGUAGCAGUCUAACAAUUAAGAUGAUUUUAACUAACAUUGUAAAUUGUAUGUAAUUUUCUUGAUUCUUCAAUUCGCAACAGCAGGGUUUCGUCUGAGUAGCAGACUACUAAUUUCAGAGGCCUGUCUAAGACUGAAAUGAUGCCAUUGGUUAAUUUCAAGAUUGAGCUCGCGACUAACCAGUCAGAAUCAAGAGUUUUGAGAGUGGUGUAUAAAGUUUUGUAACCCCAGGCUCUGCUUUAAACAUUGCCUUUUGUUUGACUCUGUAAUUUUCAAACGAAAUAAUUGAGUAAGACAGUAUAUUAGUAUGGUAAAUAAAUAAAAGAUUCAAUAUGUUUUUACAUUUGGAAAUGAAGAUCAUGCAAAUGUUAAAAAGCGA